AGUUUUGUAAAAAGAAGCUAUUUGUUUUCGAUUGUAGAGCACAAUCUAAUCACAAAGAUCCACUCAUCCACACCCACACCCACACCCACGCACAUAAUAAAAUGGGCAUUGAGAUAACGCUGAAGUGUUUGUUUACCGUGUUUGUGGCAGUGUUUUUGGUCCUUACGUUGGAGGGCCCGCGUAAACCCGUUACUGCUAUCAUCACUCAUCCGCGAAUUGUUAUCGACACAACAAAGCUGGACUAUGGCUACUGUCACUCCUCUCCGACCGAGGUCGAUGAAGGGACGACGUCACUGUUAACAGUGCUGAACCAUAUUACUGCGUCCCCAUUCUUCCGUUACUUCAAGGUGAACAGCAACAAGCCUUGUCCUUAUUGGGCCGUGAGCCUGCUGUGCACCGGCGCUGAAAACAAAUGCGACGUGUGCAAGUGCGAUGAGAAUUCUAUUCCGAAAGCGUUGCACUCUGAUGUGGAUAUGAGCACCGUCGACACACCUGACGGCACCGUGGCGGAGUCCAUAUCGAAGCCAGGGAACCUCGAUGACUGGGGCAUGUGGCAAAAGACAGAAGACGGCGCAGAGUACGUCGAUUUGGUCGCCAACCCGGAAGGCAACACUGGCUAUACGGGGCCGUUGGCUGCACAGGUGUGGCGAGCUAUCUACGCCGAGAACUGCCUUUCGCCGGAAGAUGAUGGCAUGUGCCAGGAGGUUUCCAUACUGCGGACUCUUCUCAGCGGAUUGCACAUGUCCAUUAACAUGCACGUGAGCACCAAUUUUUACAAGGACCCGGAGCUCGCCUCUCCGCAACACAAAGCAGGCAUCUACAAUAACGACAACAUCUCCUUUUACCCCAACUGCGAGAUGUACAAUCAACGUGUGGCUCCUUUCCCCGACUUUGUGGGCAAUCUUUACAUUCUCUAUCAGUUCACUCUCCGCGCUCUGGCCAAGGCGAAACCGUUUUUCCUCAAGGAUCUGAGUAUCUUCAACACGGGUUUUCACGGCGAGGCGACCGCUACUGACUUGCAACUUCGCGAGAGCAUCAAGGACCUCUUUGCCUCGCGCCUCCUCUGCUCCCCCACUUUUGAUGAAAGCGCCUUCUUGGAAUCGGAGAAAGGAAGAGAGCUUAUUCCGCAAUUCAAAUCCAUCAUGCUCAACGUGACACAUCUGAUGGACUGCGUCACGUGCGAGAAGUGCCGCAUUUGGGGAAAGCUUGAGACGAAAGGCAUUGCGGUGGCAAUGAAAAUCAUAAUGAGCCGCGAGGACGAGCCCAUUACCUUGGACAGAUCUGAGAUGGUCACUCUGGUCAACCUGGCGCGUCAACUGGCGUUUUCUGUCCGUAACGCACAACGCCUGGGCACCGUGUGCAAGGAGAGUACAAACAGUUGA